UGGCACUUUUCUCUCCUUUCUCCUACGUUGCACUUGUUUUUGUUCAGUUUGGGAAUCGUCUAAACAAUGAUUUCCGGCAGCGUAGGGGGGGACUAGCUUUUUAUCUGUUCUGCCUGCUUCUCCAUCAGUCCUCAGGCCCCAGGCCCUGGGGAGCUGAGUGGGAGCCAGGUCUAGAGAGAGCUGGACCCACAGACAUCUCACCCUAGCAGAAGGAUGAGGAAAGCUGGGACCUCAUCUUUCACUGUACAGCUGGACCUGCCAUGGACAAAGAACCAGUGCAAGUGUCAGCAGGAUUUGUCUUUUUAAGAGAGCCACUGGGCAGGAAGACAGUGCCCAGGAGAAGCCGUGUCCGUGGGUGGUCAGAACCUUCUCAUCCAAGGAGAAACUGUCCCCUUACCUGGACUUAUGACCCGCGGCUUCGCGCCCAGCCUGCCCAGCGAGUUCCACAAGAUGGGCUCCUUCCGCAGGCCCCGACCUCGCUUCAUGAGCUCCCCGGUGCUCAGUGAUCUCCCCAGAUUCCAAGCAGCCCGGCAGGCUCUGCAGCUGAGCUCCAAUUCAGCCUGGAACAGUGUCCAGACUGCCGUGAUCAACGUCUUUAAAGGGGGUGGCUUACAAAGCAAUGAGCUCUAUGCACUGAAUGAAAGUAUCAGGAGGCUGCUGAAGAGUGAGCUUGGAUCGUUCAUAUCCGACUAUUUCCAGAACCAGCUUCUUGCAAAAGGACUGUUGUUUGUGGAGGAGAAGAUUAAGCUGUGUGAAGGUGAAAAUCGCAUUGAGGUUCUGGCUGAAGUCUGGGACCACUUCUUCACUGAGACCCUCCCCACCCUGCAGGCAAUAUUUUAUCCAGUUCAGGGCCAGGAGCUGACUAUCCGCCAGAUCUCCCUCCUGGGCUUCCGGGACCUGGUUCUUCUGAAGGUAAAGCUGGGGGACUUACUGCUGCUGUCACAGUCCCAGCUGCCCUCAUCCAUCAUGCAGAUGUUGCUCAUCCUACAGAGCGUUCAUGAGCCCACAGGCCCCAGUGAAGCCUACCUACAAUUGGAGGAGCUGGUGAAGCAAGUGGUUUCCCCCUUCCUCAGCAUCAGCGAUGACCGUGGCCUCUCGGGACCCACCUUUGCACUGGCCCGACGCCACUCCAGACACCGACCCAAGGUGACACUCGUGAACUACGGUUCCCCAGUCACAGCUGCCAGGCGACCCCAAAACGACUCGGCCCUGAGCCCGCUGACGGAACAAGAGGGGGAGGCCUACCUGGAGAAGUGCGGCAGUGUGCGGCGCCACACGGUGGCCAACGCGCACUCGGACAUCCAGCUGCUGGCCAUGGCUAAUGUGACGCACUCGGGCUUGGGCCCCGAGCCCGGCAGCAGCGAGGAGCGGCGCCUACUGCGGCCGCCCAGCUUCCCUCCACCCCACCGGCAGUGCUCCAGCGAGCCCAACAUCACAGACGACCCCGACGAAGGCUGCUGCCAGCUGGAGGAGGUGGCUGGGGCCGAGCAGGAGGGCGCAGAGCUGAACUGUGCUUCCCUCAGCUGAGGCCUAGCUGUUGCCUUCACCAGUUCCCUCUGUCCCCAUGGCCCUGGGACAGUGCUCCUUGUCUCUUUGGGGAGAGGGGUGUCCAGGACUGCUGAGUGUCCCCUCUCCACAUUUGUGACUGUGUCCAGCCCUGAGCAGGCCCGUUUGACCAUGUCCACUUGCUCGUGGCCACUCUGGUCAGCAGACUCAUGGCCUCUCUGUGCUUUCCUCCUCCCUCUACUCCAGACUGACCCAGGGGACCCAGGAACUCACCCUUCUUUGUUCCAAUUGCUGGAGAUUGUUUAGAAUACUACCAGAAUCAACAGGAAUGUCUGGAUUUUGGGGUGCCUUUUCAGGUUCCUGUGAUGAGCAGCUUGUGUGUCAAAAACAAAAGAGGGGUGUAGAGGCCAGAGUGAUAAUGCAGCAGGUAGGGUGUUUGCCUUGCAGGUGGUUGAACUGGGUUUUUGAUCCCCAGCAUCCCAUAUGAUCCCUGAACCCAGAAGGAGAGAUUCCUGAGUGCAGAACCAGGAGUAACCCUUGAGUACUGUCUGGUG